AAAAUUAAUAACAUGUUUAGUCGUGUCAUUGUAUGUAUGAAUUUAAUGUUUAUUGUAUUAGCACUACAAACAAACAAACAAAAAAGGACCUCAAGUCAUUGUCCAUAAAAUGGUUUAGAAAAGUGAAGCUCUGAGAAAAGCUUUUGCAGGUGCCACAUAGUAAUAAUAUAAUUUAAUACACCUGCAACCGGAUUUGUGAAGACGCACAGGUCUAAAGGUGAACCUCUGGAUCGCUUUAUUAAUUUAAAGUGCCAUAAAAUGCUUUAUGGGAUGUAAAAAGGAUGUAAAAGAGUUUCUCUUCUGUGCCGGAGAGAGAUUCGAGCACCAGCACGGAGUUCCUGAUUGUUAUUGCAUAUGCCUGCAAGCAUGUGCGUGGGUGUGUGGGUAAUCCCAACUCCCUCUCUCUGUGUUGUCCCAACACAUUGGAAUCAUGCCAUAGCAGCAUGCUGCUUUUUGUCUAGUUUCAGUAAGGGAACUCUCUUGAGUGGGCAGAUCCCUGGCAUAAAGGAGGCCAGGACUACAGGGAGAUGCUCAUUCAGCACCUUGCUCACUCAUUCAUUCAGCAUGGCAACAGCUCCCUUCAUCUGUGAUGUGGAAACCUCUGAGGAAUCUCUGAGGGCUGCUGUGAGCAGCCACCAGGUCAGGCAUCGGGUCUGCUCCUACACUCUCCUCCAGGUUCUUGUAGGUGUACUGACGGUCUUUGUGCUGGCACUGACUGGAAGUCUCAUCUGGAUGAAGGAGACUUCGGAUUGCCCAGGGAAGCUUUGGACUGUCAAUUUCACAGGAACAAACGCAACCUUCACUUCACCUAGAACUCAGAAAUAUGUGAUCUUUGGCAGUGUCUUCACAACAGGAGUUGUCAGUAACUGCACAAAUGUAUUCAGGCUGCAAUCCCAUGGAAAAGAAAUCCUAAAAAGUGGAGUCGCUGAGAUAUUUAGUAGAGAUGAUGUAGAGCUUCGGAAAGAAGCAACACUAAGUGUAAUGCUUAAUUGUAAAGUGUUUAUUGAUGAGGACAAGUCCAAACUCUUCAUUUAUCAACAUAACUCAUGCUAGGAUGCAUACACAUCUUAGCUGUUGCUGGUAUCCGGCCCAAGGGGAAAACCCUCUCUUUAACUUUUAAAGAUUUACAUACAUAUACUGUAGCUGAAUCUGAUUGAACAAACAAUUACUUUCAACAUCAGUGUCAAGAGCUUAGAGGGAUCCUGACAAGGCUAACUUGUGAAUGUUUUGUUAAGCAAAAAUGGUUUAAAAUGAUUGCAGAAUUUAUCAGUGAAGUUCAGUAGAACAUUUGUUUGUUCAUCAGUGUGAGUGUGGUUUAGUUACUGUAUAUUUAAAUAUUUUAUAAAUUACUUUAAAUCUAUUUUUAGAUAAUUACUGAUUGUAUUUGAAUUAUUAUUUCCU